UCGAGUGCUGUGGAAUGGGAGAGAAGGGAUGGAGUUCUGGCCAGAGUUCCUCGCAAGCAAUUGGUGCAAAGAAUUCAUAGCUGGUGGAUUUGGGGGUGUGGCAGGUGUAAUCUCUGGCCACCCGUUGGACACUCUCAGGGUCCAUCUCCAACAGCCUUCCAACAACACCUCAACUUUCAGACUCCUCCGUAAUAUUGUCGCAUCCGGCGGCCCUUCUGCUCUCUACAAAGGCAUGGCCACCCCUUUGGUGUCCAUCGCUUUCCAGAAUGCAGUCGUCUUCCAAUCCUAUCAUAUCCUGUCACGGGCCUUUGAUUCAGGUAACGGCAUGGAUCCCCCUUCCUACAAAAGUGUAACGCUGGGAGGAGUAGGAGCAGGUGCCCUACAAUGCGUAGUGCUCACCCCAGCCGAGCUUCUAAAAAUACGUCUCCAGCUACAAAACCGUCUAUCAGAUGAACAAGGACCCAUAAGUGUAGCCCAGACCAUCAUGAGGAAGGAAGGAAUAACCGGUCUAUAUCGAGGGCUAGCCAUCACGGUGCUCCGUGAUGCACCUUCACAUGGUUUCUAUUUCUGGACGUACGAGUACACACGAGAUUUAAUACACCCAGGCUGCAGGAUGAGCGGCGAAGAGAGCCUCUCAACAAUGUUUGUUGCUGGAGGGCUUGCGGGUGUGGCCAGUUGGCUUUGUUGCUACCCGUUGGAUGUUGUGAAGACUAGAUUACAGGCCCAACCACUAUCACGGUGGGACCACCUGCCGCUUAAAUAUGAUGGGAUCAUGGAUUGCUUUCGGAAGAGCGUCCAAGAAGAGGGCCACACCGUUCUUUGGCGAGGAUUGGGAACAACUGUGGCUCGCUCAUUCAUUGUGAAUGGAGCUGUCUUCGCCACUUACGAGAUAGCGCUGCAGUGUUUGGGUAGUGAUUGCCGUCGAGAAGGAGCUAAUGGCAUCAUGGCAACGAAAUGA